AUGGACGAGUACACGGCCAGAACAUGGUUUCAACUGAAACGCAAUGAUCCUCAUGAUGGUUCUUUAUGGAAUAGAGCGCGUAUUUUGUGCACAUUCAAAAGAGGAGCUAUAACAUGUUUAUAUCUUUUCCAACGUCGUACUGAAAACUUAGAGCAAGAAAAUCCUCGAACUUCUUCCCAACGAUCUCUUUGGUGCAAUGAAGUUCAUGAUAGCAUUCGCAUCUUAUUGGAUCGCAUUGUUACCCGAUGGCAGCCUCACUAUUUAUCCCAAAGAUUUGGAACAAACUCUGCUUUGCACCAUAGUCUAACGCCCGAGCCUUUAUUGACUGUACCAUCAAUAUUCGGUGAUCCACAAGCUGAAUCCGACUUUGAUGUGGAACAUGCGCAAGAGCGGUAUGAGCAGUGCUUUAUACCACUUCUUUAUCAUGAAUUAUGGGAAAACAUCAAACAUGAUGCAAAAUCAGUAGUCUCCAACAAUUUCUCCAACGCUGAUAACAAUAUCACAAUUGAAAUUAAGAAAAAUGAACCACAGGUUGCACAGCCAACGCAUCCGUCUGUAUCGCCUAUACCGACUACUCUGAUAUUUGGAUCUUACUCAUUCGAUAUUGAUCUCUCUUUUACUCGAACAUUUCCUAAACUUGGUUUAGGUGAUAUUAUACUGAUUAGCAUUAAUCCUCAAGGUCAAAUCCAACGUUCUUUUGCUGUUGUUGUUCACGUAAGUGAUCGUUGGCCAGCGAAUAUGGAUACAAUUCCAAUCACCACUGAUCUAGUAGAAGGGAUGAAGAAUAAAAAUACCAUCAAAGUGAAGUCUAAAAUAGUCUUUUAUACCUCGAAAAAAUGUUCAGAUGUAAUUGCAAAGCAUUGUACAUCUGUUCGAUCGAACACAAUUCCUGUCACUAAGUUGGGCAAUUUUACAUCAUCUCGAAGACAUAUUAGUGCCGUUUAUAAUUUACGUACGUUUUCGAAACAAAGAACACUGGUACGCGUCGGUCGUGAAGCACCUCUUGAUCAUGAUGUCUGUGAACAUUUUCUCGAAUCGCAGACUAUGCAACAACUUGUUCGAAUGAUGAAAAAUCGAGAGCCAAUAAUAGAAACAACAGUCGGUUCUGUCAAGGAAGGUAUUCUGACAAAAGCCAAAGUGAUCAUUUCAACAUUAAACUAUUCAGCUAAUAGUACGCUUUUAUUGAUGAAACAUCGAAAGGAUGUUGAUUUUGUGAUCAUCGAUGAAGGUAAAGUCUUUUAUUGA